AUGGGAGGCUCCUCCGCUGCCGCGGUGGAGGAGUCCUCGGUGAUCCUGUCUAUGCUGGAAAAGGGGGUGGGCAAUGGAGAUGGCAGCUUCUGCCGGCGUGUAGCUUCUUUUCUCCACCCGUUUGGAGAUCUUAUCCCCCUCGAUUCCCACUGCCCCGCCGCCACCGGCCCAAACGGGGGAGGUGCCGCGCCUGCGGUGGGUGCCGACGCGAAGAAGAAGAAGAAAAAUUCGGCUGCGUCAUCCAACCAGAAGGUCAGUGAGAAGGGCGGGGCUGAGGCUGCGGUCCUCCGUCCACUGGCCAAACAGUUCCUUCCAUUCCUCUCCCGUGCAUUGAAGCUCCUCCCCUCCGUCCUGAGGAAAUGCCCCAGGGAGGAGGAGAAUUGGGCUGGGGAGCUUUUUGGUGUGUACCGAAUCGUGCUUGACUGUCUGUGGUUCGUUUCCCCCUGCCUUGCGGGCAGGCCAUUCGCGGUGCACCUCCAGAGAUGUAGUUUUCUUUGUUGCUUGGAGAUCUGGGGGAAGUAUUCGGAAGCGGAGGAGGAGGGCGUUUCCCUUCUAGAGAGCCUCGUGUCAGUUGUAUCUUCUGCUGCUCCUGAGAAGUCUCAUAAGGGGAGAAAGGCGAAGGGGACUAGUAGUGGCAGCCUUCUGCCGGACUCUACGGCAAAGGGCGCCUGUGAUGUGGAGCUUGCUAUCUUGGUCACGGAAGUUGUUGUAUGUCUCAUGAGAUGUGCUUACAAGAGCAAAAGGAAGACUGACACUUUGUACCGUCGGGUUCUAUUGAUGGUGGGCGAGGUCCAGCCUUGGCUCAGGUAUAUGAAUAGGAAGGUGAUAUCUUUGAUAGUCAUAUAUAUAUAUAAAUAUAUUUUCAGUCAAUGUUAAUACAAACACAAUGCGCUGCGCUCUUCCGUAACAAUUACAAAAAUUUCUUGCUUUCACCCAUGUUUCUACAAUCUAAAGAUUUUGAUAAUCUACAAUUAUCUCUGAUGCAUGCUCUGUGCAAAUGAUAAUUUUUCUUAGCUUCGGAUUGCAUAUCGUUUAAUGCUUGUCAAUGUUGACAUGUACGUAGGUUUCUGGAGUCUAAAGAUUUUGAGAAGUACCAUUUGUCUCUGGUGAGUGCGUUAGGCAAAUGCGCACUGUUCUUGGCUGGUGAAUGCAUGUCUUUUGAUGCUGCUCUUGUUCAUAAUUUCUGUGUGGAAAUGUCGAGAGAGUGGCUGAUUUCUUUUUCAAAGGAUCAAUUCCCUAAGGUAUUGUUUUUUAUUUUCUCCCACUUAUAAACUUAUAUUCUGUCGAAUGGGAACAGUAUUUAAAACAGAAUGGUUUUCUUUGGCUGUUAGUCAAAUACCGAAGUCAAUAUCGCCUAGUAAUGUGAAAAUUAUACAAAUGGCAGAUUGCUCGUCAAGUUUGCUCUUCUAUUUCUCUUCAGUGGGAAAGCAGAUUCGUGCUUAUGCUUGACAUGAUGAAAUGCUUACUGGAUUCCAUAUCAUGCAAAUGCAAGGUACUUCCAUGUCCUUUUAUCCAUUUAUUAGUAGCUUAACAUUCCGUUACAUGUCCUGAACACUGUAUUUUGAUCAUGUGCUUUUUUGUGUGCCAUCUCUUGACAUGUAGGUCAUUUAGUCAGCACUUAUUUGUCGGAAUAUAGUCUAGGUUCCUCCAAAAAGUUGGACCAUGGGUUUUCAUUUUUGAGCUUUCCAUGGAUGUCCUUUUGAGAGACUUUUUAUCUCUGUCUAUGUGUGUGGUGUAUAAUUAAUGUUCUGAGAGAAAAUAGUUUAGUUUCACGUUAAUGUUUUGGAUGCUAAUACUGGGGCGAGCAGGUCUCCACUGUACUUGAUAUUUAAGUAACUAUUUCGUCAUUGAAGGAUUCUAGGGAUCAAUUCUUAUGGAAAACAACACCAAUUUCUUUUUUGUGUUAGUCUAAGGGCAUCGCCUCAAAUAAUACAUGAUAAUUGUAUGUCAUGCUCACUUGAUGGAAAUUCUGGUGUGCUCAUCAGUCCUUCCAUCUUUUUGGCAUGGUGGACAACUUAUGAGUUAUUGUGAAUUUGUUUUGAAUUGAUCUGUUAAAGUUGAGACACAAGUCUAAAGAAGGAAUGAUUGGUCAGACAUAGAUAUAAUGAUAAGUUAUCUUUAAUGGAAGCCUUGUUUUUGGUUGUUGUACAUGCAGUUCAUUCAUGAUAUGAAAAUUAUUUACAACGUUCUAGUUAUGUACUUUUCCUAAAGAGGAUGGGCCUUAUACUAUCAUUUAGAAAAUGCUAUAGACUUAUAAAGGCAUAUAGGAUGGAGAGUUUUCAUAAGGCGGAAGUAAAGUGGACACCAACAUUUUUAUUUAUUUUUAUUUGAUGGUAGGACUGGCUUCCAGUGUGAAAAACUCUCAACAUUAUUGAACUAUCUAAUUCGAAAAUGAGUGGGGUAGGUCUGUCUUUAUAAUGUCUGGACUCUUGUUAAACAUGCCAUCUCACUUCCAAGUCAAGUUUUGAGCUUUUUCAUGUAGGUUACAUGAUGGGGGAAUGUUAAAUAUUAAUUGUUGACUUUGAUGUUGUGUUGAAGUUAUUGGGGCUAUCCAACACAAACUAGUUGGUAAUGGGUUGAUGAGGCCUUCUUUGUGACCAUGGUUUAUUUUAUCAUAAUUCAUACAGGGCUAUUCUUAUCAAGUUCUUUGUGUAAUUUCACUUUGUCUUUUUUCACAUGAACUAAGUAAAUAGGAGGGUAUGGGUAUGGUAGUAGAAACAAUCUCGGAGAUUAAGAUUUUUUGUGUUAGGGAGCAGUUGUAUCAUUUAGACAUGUAGGAUGAAGGGACCCAGAGUUUCAAGAACAUAAUUUCUUAACUUGGCGUUAGUUUUGCUUGUAAGAUGGGAUAGAUCAAACUCACCAAUUAAUCUUUGUCUCCAUAUCAUAAGCAGAUAAUAAUCACAUAUAUAUGCUGCCGUGCUGAUCUAGGGCAUCUGCCAGACCAGGAAUAAUUCAUGAUCAUGAGGGUUAUGAUUAUCUAUGGUCCUAUGAAUUUUCCUACAUUUGUUUUUAGAUUCAGAGAUGUCUUUGAUUGGGUGAAACUUUUCAAAAGAGGAAUUCUCAUGUUCAUAUAUUUGAGUGUGAUGCAAAAUGCAUCGUAAACAUUCUUCAUGGAAUGACCAAGAUGCCAUGCCUGAUAUGAGAAUGGUGGGAAACAUUUCUUGUCCUAAUUCUGAACAAAGAUACUAUCUUUCCUCAUACUUUAGUGUUGUUGAGAGAAAACAAAUAAACCAUAUAUUUUUCAUGUUGGCAGAUAUGCCCUGAAGUGUUUGCAUUGAUGUCUAAAACUCUCGAGGGUUUAGGAUAAAUAUUGGACCCCAUCCCUCUUGUAAAACGGAUUUUUGUAUUUCAUUCAAUAAAAUUCUUCUUCCUCUCCAAGGGUGCUUCAGGAUCUACCAACAUAUCGAAUAGAGGACUAUACCAUUCUACAUGGUAUUAGGGCAAGGUUAGGGUUUCAAAUCCCUUUCUCUUGACAUUCUUUGUUCAUCUGCAAGAGACGUCCCACUUCUGUUGGAGCUAUUGGUAUCGUGCCCAUUUGGCAAGGGAUGUGUCAUCUCUAUAGUGUCUCCAUAGAGCAAAUCCAAGUGAGAUCACUCUAAUUUGCUUCUGCACUUAUUGAUUCUGCUAUUACGGUCUUUGUACCGUUCUGUGAAUAUCUCUGUUCAAUAUUUGUUUACAAAAUCGGUUUCUCAUGAAGCUGAUUGCUAUUUCUUUGAAAUGGAAACUAUAAGAGAUGUUGCUUUAUCUUUUGGGGGAGAUUCAACCUCCAUGAGAGGUCAAUCUUGUUCUUGGAGACACAAGAUUAUUGGUAGAACGUUUUGCAAUUUUGUCAGAGUUCAAAUUAAUUGGAUAUAAUCUGAUAAAAUGGUCAUAAUAUAUUUGUGAAGUAUUGACCGGAAGAGGCAUGGUACACCGCUUGAUAGAAGGGCAGACUCAAUGUCAGGAGAAUUUCAGAGAUGGAGAGAAGAGGAUGCCCUGAUAAAAACUUGGUUGUGGGGAACAAUGAUUCCCCAAAUUAGUUUUGAUUUUUUCUUCUUAGCCACAGUCAAGGACUUAUAAGAGAUGAUUCACAUCAAAUUGUCACAGAAAAAUAAUGAGGCUCACAUAUAUGAACUUGAGACAAAUCAAUGUCCACAGUGCAAGGGAGUAAAUCAGUGGAGUAUACAGGAGAGUUAAAGAAUUUAUGACAGGAACUUGACUAUUACCUUAGUCUUGAUACUAAAAAACUUGUUGAAAUUGCUACAUUAUUUAAAGGGCACACCAGGCAAAGGAGUCAUCUUUAAACGUACUGAGGAGGUAAAUGUCAAAGUGUUUACAAAAGCUGAUUAUGCAGGGUCAAUAUUUGAUUCGAAAUCAACUUCUGGUCAUCUCACAUUUAUUAGUGGUAAUCUUAUUACUUGGAGAAGUAAAGAACAAAACGUGGUAGCUUGUUCAAGUGUUGAAGCAGAACUUAGAGCGCCUGUCCAAGGGGUUUGUUAACUUCCCUAGGUGAGAACUUUACUUGAUGAACUAUGUAUUCCUCUAUCAGGCCCUUGAAGAUUUAUUGUGAUAAUAAGUCAGCAAUCAAUUUGAUACAUAAUCCAAUAUAGCAUGAUUAUACCAAACAUAUGGGGAUUGAUCAGCAUUUUAUCAAAGAAAAGCAUGAGGCAGAUGCGAUUUUUAUACCAUACAUUUGAACUAGAAAUUAGUUGGCAUAUAUGCUCACCAAAGGCGUCUUAGGCACACUGCUACAAGAGAUUCUUCUCAAGCUGGGAGUUAUUGAUAUCAAUCCACCAACUUGAGGGGGAGUGUUGUCGAGAGGACUUAACAAAUAAACCCUGUAUUUUUUAUGUUGGCAGAUAUGCCCUUAUGUGUUUGCAUCUGUGUAAAAUCUCGAGGGUCUGGUAUAAAUACUGGACCUUGUCCCUCUUGUAAAACGGAUUCUUGUUUUUCAUUCAAUAAAAUUCUUCUUUCUCUCCAAGGGUGCUUUGGGAUCUACCAGCAUACCGAAUAGAGGUCUAUACCAUUCUACAUUAAUGAAACAAGGUUGCAGAUGCUCUGUCAAACUUCACUGUGACUACAGAUGGAUAUGGAGACAUCACUGGUACAUAGGUUGUUUUACAUUUUGCUAUUUUAACUCAGUAGAGGGAACCAUGAUACCUAUUUUGUUUAUUUAUCUCUUAUUGAUUCUAGAAUCAUUUACCCAUCUAUUUGAGAAGUCAGAUUUUACCUUUUAUUGUGCCGGGCUUAGAUGUUGUCUGGUCAGUUUUUCUUUUAUCAUUGCUUCUCUCAGAAAGGCUUGUUGGCUGGAAUUUAAUGUAUUUUAUUUCCUUUUAUUUUUAUUAGUGUUAUUCUCUGUCAGAGUUUAGCCUGUUUGCUGCCUUUUAGAAAACGGGAACUAUUCUGGUUUGAUGCCGUGAGCAACUGUGAUAUUGGUGCUCAUGCCUAUUUACAACUUCAUAUGCAUAGCAGUUUAUGCGCACAUCAGCAUUACUCGAUAUUAUUUUUGCAGGAUAAUAUGGUACACUGUGCAAAUCAAUUUCUUGAAUUUGUCCACUAUGUCAUUGACACCUGUCAAACAGCAAGUACUUCCAUUCAAAGAACUGCUUAUGAACUUCUUAUUGAAUGGAGGAUCAAUCUUCAGGAGGUAUCUUUUAUAUUAUUGGGAAACACUUUGUUGUAACAUAUAGCCCCUCUGCUAAUGUCUGUCUUGUUCAAAGCUAACCUUAUUACUUAUUUAUUAGGUUUCACCUUCUGUUGCCUCUAUUUUGGGUUUUUAUGCCAUUGGAUUGGGCUGCAGAGGAAGAACUAUUCAAAUUCAACAUAGAGAGGCCAUUUCUCGAACUUCUAAUGAUGCACCUGUUGAAUUGAUUUAUGAUACCGAGUACCUGCAAAUAUUUGGCGAUUCACUGGGUAUUUUGGAUCAUAACUCUCAUAGUAGUGUGGAAGAAUUCCGAGAUACUUUAGUUAGAUGCCUGAGAAAAGUUUCAUCUUUAGAUCUGGGACAUAAGAUUUCUAUUUCGUGCGGCUGUGUUCAUGGAGAAGUUUCCUUCUUUUCAUACUUGGACGCUUUAGGAUUUUUGUGCAAGCAAUUGGAGGACUAUGUUAACACAACUUGGAAAGAUAUGAUAUCUGAGGCAGUGAGUUUGCAUUCAGCUGAUAUAUGUUAUGUUCUCGAGGCAUUUUAUCAGUUUUGUGUUUUGUUCCUCAGUGAAGUUAGGUAAGAAAUCAAUCUUUCAUUUAAUGCCUAAUUUUAUUCCUCUACAUUAGCAGAGCAGCCUUGACCAUUUUCGUAUUAGUAAUUUGUUUUGACAGUGCAGUAAUGAUACCCGUGGCUUUUGUAAUUUAGUUGGUCUGUUAAUGCAGUGACAAAUCUGACAAGGAAAAACUGCUUGAGAGUCGUCUGGUACUGUUCCAUGUAGUCGUUGCUUCCUUAAAACUCUGCUUUGUAACAAGCAAGGACAGCCAGGUUAAUUUUUCUGUAAAAUUUGAGUUAUUUAUCAUGAUCCACCUGCUAAAGAGUUCCCUUUGAUGCAAGUGCAACAUCUAUUUUGCAGAGGAUUGUAACUUUAAUCAAUCAUGUGAUUUCAUGCGAGUGGAUCAAGGCACAAGAACUAAAGUAUUUGGUAUCUUCAUUCUAUAACAUUGGUGCUUCAUUAUACAAUGCUGGCCAAGUUGAGAAGGUAACUGAAUAUACUUCUUUUUAUUCUGUCUAAUCUUAAGUUUUGAUAUGUUCUAAAAUUCUUAUUUUCAAUUUUCUAGACACAGUUUUCAUUACCCAUGAAUUUUCAUUUAGAUCGUGUUCCUGGAUGUGAAUCCAGUUAUUGAUCUUGGUAUGUGCAGCAGUAAAUGAGUAUCGAGUUGGCUCAUAUUGUUUUUGUCUUGUCUCAAUCGAGGAUGAUUUGACAUUCAGGGUUUCUUUUUUUGCAUUAGUCUACUGUAGAUUCAAUAACUAGUUGAAAAGCAUCAUAAGUUUAUUUUAGCAAGCUGUGCACUCUAAUAAAAGGCAGCCGUUUGAAAACAUUUUUGGUCUGAAUUAAAGUGGUUUGCCUAUCGGCCACAGAAGAUUUCAUUGCGUUGUCAUACGUUAAGCAAGGUUGGUAGCCCAUGGGUGAUCAGCCAUAAGCAAGGUUGAUAAUUGUUUUUUGGGCAUGGAGUCCAAGAGUGAUAAUUAGAUCUGUACCUUCUGGUUCAUAUGGUUCCUUGUCUCUUCUUGUCUUCUCCGUUGACAGGUACUACUCUGUGGGUAUAAUGAUCACAGACACUUGUUAAUGCAUCUGUAUUAGACUGCUACCUGCGGUUAAUGGAUCUUGGGGUGUACAGGCAUUAGGCGUUCACCAGUAAAAGCGGUUCUGGUUGACAACUAAGGGGGUAUGGCAACAAAGUUUGGCUACAUUGGUCAUGGUAGAUUGAUGCAGAAGCAGGAAGUGAUACAGAGAUAAAAUAAUCAGUUGAUGUAAAAUAAUCAGGUUUGCUGACACAUUUCCUACCAUGCUAUGUAGUCAUUCACCUGUCAGUCAAUAAGUAUAAUUGGUGGGGUAUGGAAGUAAAGAAAUCAAAACAACUUAAACUGGAAUUCGGACACUUAAACUGCGGUUUUGAAGUCGAUUGAAUGAACGCGCGGAUGACUGGCAUUUCCUAGUCGGAUAAUAUGGUCAAAGAGUCUGUGAUUCUGUCUAAACUUCCAAAGAUUGUAAGUGCUAUUGAGAUAAUUUCGGUAGUACGAAUUAUUUAUGUGAAUAGAUGCCUGAAAUUUAAGACCUAACUAUGAUAAUCUGCUAUCUCUAUUAUAAGUUCCAUCAUCUUUGUAACGUUAUGUGGAAUGUGAAUCAAAUGUAAACUGCACUUCGAACUGUUAGAUUAAGCUAAGUUUUUUAUCUGGAUUUAGACUGUAUCAUGUUCUGAUGUGAAUUCAUGGUUGUUUUCACCCAGAUUGUGCUCACGUUUUCGCCAAAACUUUUGUCGCCAUAUGAAUGAUACACAUGGCUUUAUGUGAAAUGUUCUUUUCAAUGGGAAAUUCUGUUUAGAGUUUACAUCAUGUCAGUUUAGUUUGCAGGUUUUGUGCAAUUAUUCAACGUCAUUGAAUUUGUUGCUCCUAAUCAAUCAUAGAUAGGGAGCAAGGGGUAAAAUCUUAGCUACGUUACUGUAUCUCCUGUUAAUUUACUACAACUGAGUGGGUCAUAGUGGCUAUUUUGAUGUUACUAUCAGUCAGUACUUAAGGUAUUCUGGUAAAUAAUUUUAUCUUGGAAUUGCUUUAGAGCAUUUAGUCCUGUCUCUGAAGUGUAUUUUUCUAUUUAGUCCCUUGUCUUGAUCUUAUCAUCUUUUUUUAUCUCUGGUGCAUUUUGCAAAUCUAUAAUUGUGUAUAGUUCUUCAUUACUUUAUAUGCGACUUUCCUUGUUAGGCAUCAAUUGCUUUGCAGCUGUGCUGUACAGCAUCGUGGGCUCAUAUCAAACUACUUUGCCAAUUACUCCAAGAAGAUGUAGUGAUCAUGGAGAGUGAUAACUUAUCCGAAAGCAUGAUGAAAGACGCCACUAUGGAUGCUUGUGCAAAGAGUGCUGUUGCACUUGAUGUUAUUCAUCAAUGUGGUGAUGUAAAUUUACGUAAUAUUGCAGUCGAUUGUAUAUUGAGUUGGUCCACUGUAGAGGAGUCGUUGGGAACCUCCACUUGUCCUUUUGCCUUGGUGAAGCAAUGGAUUAAGGUGCGAAUAUAGAAUACUUUCUACUGUUAGUUCAUAUUUUUGUGUUAUUGUAUUUGCCUAAUACUUCUAUGGCUCUAGAUAGUCUGUAAAGACUACAAGGAUGUUGAUGCGGUGGAUUCUGUUCCUGUUCUGUGCCUUUUGCUCUCAAGCAAGUGCGCAACAUUGCCAAAGAGAAUAUUUGGCAUUAUUUUGGAGCAGGUAUAGGUCUUACGCUCUAUCUGGACGAGAGUACAACCGAUUGCCUCCAGGAAACAUUCUUGAUAAUGAUGUUGUGGUGUUUAUGCAGGAGCUGUUAGCAUAUGAAGAAUUUAAUGCCAAGUAUCCUAAUUUAUGCCAGAGUAUGCAACUAAGGUUGAUGGAUAUGCUCCUUAAGGAAGUAUACGUUGAAGAUGAAUAUGUUUUGCACAGAUCAAAAAUUCUUGUUAAGAAGGGAAGAGCUCUUAGAACUUGUGGAGUUGAUGGCUUAAACAGCUCAUUGCAGUGCUUAUCUGAAGCGAUUUCCUUGCUUGUUAGUUCUAUUCUUACAUUCUUUUUAUAAGCUUUCAUUUUCUUUGUGGACCAUCUAUGCCUGCCUUUUGUUACCAGUGCCACUUUUUUUGAUGCUGGACACUUUCUUGAACAGGAGGUAGCCUGCAGUGACGCUUCCAGAGGAAAUUCCCUAUUGUACUAUCAGUUGGCCCUUACAUAUUUUUUGCUUGCACACUGUGCUCAGGAAGCUAAUGAAAAAGUAGAGGUGGUUUUCUACUGCGCCCUAUCCCAAGAACAUGCAUCAUUUUGUGGAAUGGCUUAUUCCCUUCUUUUUCUUGUUUUUGGUGCAGGUUAUCUUGAAUGACAUUAGCAGUGGAUUAAGAUGGUGGUCAAGCAUUUCCAAGGACACUUACCUUGAUUUAGAAUAUGAAAAAACAAUUCAACUGUUGUGUAGUGUAGCAGAUUUGUCAGCCUUGAAAGUAUGCUUCUAUUCAAGAGUAAAUAGUUUGUAUGACUGUAUCUACUCGCUAAAAAUAUUUGAGCUUGCAUUCGGCGAGAAGAUGACAACCUAAUGAUCUCCAUUUAUGUCUUGUAUUAUUUCAGGGACACUUGCGUUUUCAGUUGGAAAUGUGCAGAUUGAUUGCUCUACUUUGUAAGCGGAAUAAUGUACCUCUUGAAAGUUGUGUGGAUAUGCUCUGGAGUAACAGAAGACUAAGCCAUGAAUGUUGUUCCUCCCCACUUGAUGAAAUUUUCAUUAGGAAUAUGUCUGAAGAGUUUGGUGUUUGUGCAAAUUCAAUAAGCUUCUGGAUAAGUUGCAUGAAAAGUUCACAUUCGACAUUAGUAGGCUUCCUUCAGGGUUUUUUUCUUUCUAAUGCCAUUUUAAUGUCUGAAAAUACCCUUUGUUCUCACAUCACAGUUCAAGAAGUAAAAAGAACUGCCUCUUCGUUGAUUUCAAGUGUAAGUACUUCGUAGAUUUCUCUUGAACUUUAUUUGAUAAUUUAUGGGAGUGAUCAUCUCUUGAUUUCAGCAAUUUGGUUUGUGUAGGGCUCUGUGACCAGUCGUUCAGCAUUUGCUGCUGGGUAUCUCUUAUUUGAUUUGUCUGAAAGAUUACUCCAGGAAGGUCACAUUUCUGAGGUGAUUUUCAAUCAUAUAUUAAGUUUCACUGUAUCCAGUCAGGAAUUAUAAUUUCUAAAUUACGAGGAAGUCAAAAUAACAACAUACGUACCUAAUGAGAGUGAUUACCAUCUAAUCUUGAAGAGACUUUGAAAAAGGGACUAUUAGUAUCUGCUAAUAUAGAAAAAUGAAUUUUUUAACUUUUAAUUUUCUUGACCAGGAUAGCUGAAGUUCAUCCAGCUUUGAAGCAACAGUCUUAACCUCCAUAGUUCUAUUGUAUCUUAUUAUGGUGUAUUCGAUUUGAUGUGCCUUUGUGAUGACUGAAACUUGCUCCGUUUUUUCCCACUAUUGUGCACUCAAAGCUGAAAGGAUCUGCCACAAUUGGUUAUUUUCCGCUGGACACAUCACAGUUACUUAAAAGUUUCCAACAAUAUGCUGAAUGUUUAUGUAAACACUGAAGAACUGAACAUUGUCCAUAAUGUUACCAGUGGUUGGUAGUUUCCACUGAGCUCAAACUCGUAUUUCUUAUUUAGGAAGGCCGGUCAGUCAGAAAUAAUCUGUAAAUGACUACAGCUAGCUCAAGCAAUUGAUCUUAGCUUUCAGGAUAGUAUUCUAGAGAGAAUCUUAGUUUCAUAUUCUCACAUUUAGGAUAGUAUUCUAGAGAGAAUCCUGGGAAGAAAUUAUCUAUUUCGAUAGGUAGUCCUUACGCCCUAUUUUCCAUCAAAGCAUUGACCUCCUCAAUGUGAGUCAGCAAGUCGUAGACGAAAAAUGCUAUUGGCCUGACUUGGUUUUUAAAGCUCUAAUAUGUUCUUUCAAGGAUCUAUUUUAGAUAAUUCAGUUUACUAUCAUCUAUCUUGAGGAUUUUACAGACGAAUCAUAAGUUUUCGUUCUUUCACCUGGAUUUUUUGAAUAUUUUCCAACUAUGGUGCUGCCAUUUGACAAGCAAUACGCAAAAACGAACAUAGGAUAUAUUUCUUUUUCUGAAAGCCUACGAAUUUAUACUGGGGCUCUGUCAAUCAUGGAUGGCAUCACAGAAAUACUUGAAUCAUUUCUUCGCAUAAAACGUUUUGAUGGAAAUUGUUGGUGAAAUAUAACUGGAAGUGUUCCAUCCCUGGAUGUAUUUGGUUGUACUGAUUUUUCUUGAUAAAUGGAAUUUGGUAUAUCAUGCUCAUAAUGAACUGAUAACAGUACAGACAAAAUAAGGUAUUGCUUUUAUUAUGUUGGUUUCUGUUAUCCAGCAAACUAAGUUUUCGCUGUUAAUGAAACUUGAUUUCAAUCCAUUACAUGUAAAAUUGUUGGUUGAUUAGAAUUAUACUUUUCUGUAGUUUUUCUGGGUGCCUUUCUUUACUACAAUAUCAAGAUUUUUUCUUUUCUUGUCCGUCAUAUAUUUUUGUCGUGAACAGUGGCAUAAACCCUAGAAGGAUAUGUAGAGGAAAAACUCGACUGCUAUUCACAUCAUAGAUGAUUAUCAUAUCUAAGUACCAUGACCACAAAACAAAGAAACUACCUAAGAACUAAGAAAAGAUCCGACUGAAACCAAACUCCUAAUUAUAUAUUCUUUCCCACAGCUUACUAUGGCAAUUAGACACGCCUUCCUGGGCUUUUAUGCUAACUUUUCUCGUUUUGGGUUUUCUAGGCUCUUUCACAUGCACGAGAGGCUCUUAGGUUACGUAAAAGGAUAUUGCAAAGGAGAUUUAUUUCAGUAAGGCAGCAGCCAGGGAAAGUGGAGACAAUUUGGAAUAAUGAACUUCUCUUCACUGAGGCAAUUGGGUCGAUAGUUACUGAAGAUUGGCCAAACUUUACCAAACCACUAAGCUCAGAGGACUGUACAAUUAGUCCAUGGAGUGUAUUAAAGUGCUACCUUCAAAGCAUUCUGCAGGUUAACCUCUUUAUUUUUGUCUGUACGUAGAAUAUCAAGAGUGGUGAGUCCAUCUUUCAUGUGGUAUUUAUUUGAUAUAUCAUUUCUGGUCUGCUUUAGGUGGGAAUCAUUUAUGAGUCUAUUGGAAAUGGGGCUGAGGCUGAAAUCCUUUUCCGUUUGGGAAAAACUAUCUCUUGCUCGCUUGGUUUCCCAAUCUUUGGCAUUGCGUUUUCAUCACAUAUAGGUAUUCUUUAAAUUUUUCAUCCUUUUAUUUUUUUUUCUUUUGCUGUUUUUUCUGCUUGAUUUGAGUAAGAAGAGAAACAUGAAAAAGUUUCGAAUGUGAAGAUAACAUAACUGUUUAUUUUCUUGGUCUUUAGGGCAAGUUUAUCGUAAGAAGCAGCUUUUGGAUUUGACAGAGAAUGAACUUGGCAUAGCAAGAAGGAUUUUAGUGGAGAACGCCGCUAAUAUUUCAUGUAAACGUUGUGAAGUUGUUUUGGAAGGUUUAAUUGAUCUACAACUAGGAGAUUUAUACAGAAGCAAAUUUGAGAGCACUUCCGGAAUAAAGUGUAUAGAGAGUUUAACGAAUGCUCUUAGUCAGUAUAAAUCAGCUCUUGAAAAGCUAAAUCUUGUAGGGCAGAGUUCUUUUGGCAGCUGUGUGGGAACAAACACUACUGGUUCAUUAUUUGGAAAAGGUUUUAUCAGUAAAGUAACUCAUGAAGCAGGUCUCACUGAUAAAGUUUUAUUACCAAAGAGAGAAAAGAGUUCAACUAUGCAUAAUGAGUGUGAUCCAGAACCUUGUUAUAUUGAUGACUCUGAUAGACAGAAUGUGACUGAUGACAAGAUAUUUUCUGUAUCCACCGUAAAUGCUGAUAAUUAUCUUAUGGAUGUUGGAGGGAAGAGGGAACCAAAGUUUGUGCCAAGACGUUCAUCAAGGAAAAAGGUUUCAGAUGGGGACUCAAAUUUGAGUACUUGCAAUAUUCGGACGCAUUGCAAGAAACGAAAUGUUGGAAGUGGAAAAUAUCAAAAUAUUCCUAAACAUGCAAGUUGUACUCGUGAGCCUACUUGUCCUGGUAGCUGUCAAAAGGAUUUUGGUUGCUUGGAACAUAAUGAAAAGCUUCAGUCACUGAAUGGACGUAGUGAAGCCUCUUUAAACAGUAAUAAAAAUUGCUGGGGAUCCUUUCUUGUGAAUGUGAUGAAAACUGAUUUCAUGAACGAUAUAAUGUUCGUUAAAUGGGAGUGUCAUCGGAGACUGCUUUCAUUGAGAUUACUCUCCAAAAUCGGUACCUUAGGUCCAUUCUUUUUAGUUUUACGAUUUAAGAUGAUGCUCGUGUAUACUUUUUUCUGAGAAUUUUCUUUCGUUUAAUUUUUUUUCUUGAACAGGAAAAUGUAUGAAAGUUCACAGCAGGAGUCAUGAAGUGCAUGAAAUUUUUUGGCAGAGUAUGUCCUUGCUCUUUGACAGUGGUCCCCUUAGUCAAAGUGGAGCAUGUGAUGUUCGCUUUCUUGAGGUUGUUGGAAUGGAGAAUUUGCAUGACAUUUUCCCCAUUCAGCGUGCUGUACUACUUUAUGACAUGAGUCUGUUUUGUGUAAAGGAUUGUUUCUCUGAAGGAUCCAGGUGACGUUUAGUUAUAUAAAACAUUUAUCAUCAAAUGCCCCAUAACUUAAUUUUUUAUCAUCUCUUUGGACUGAUCUUUUUUAAUUUUUUUGCAUUUUCCCUGUGUUUCUUUCAGAAGAAAAUGUUGCUCUCUGUCUAAGCCUCAAAUAUCAAGUGUACUAUCUUGGCUGUUUACGGCAUUUAUACUCGCACAAGAACUCCCUUUACUUUUUCAAAAGGUUGCAGGUCCCUCUGAUCCCUCUCUGUAUGAAAUUUGUUCUCUUAUUUUCUUCAACGUUAUUGUGAUUUGAGGCUAUUGUCCGCCAUCAAUGCAUAUUCAUUGAGUCUUAGCAUUUCUUUUUUUUCGAAUUUACUUUUUGGCCCCAGAACUGAGCCCAGUUCAUCUUCUUUUUGUCAUGGUGUAGAUUUGCAGGUUAAUUGCUGCCAUAAUUUCUCUGUCAAUGUCCACAGGACAUUUUUCUUUGCCAUUUUCCUUUGAGUCGCUUACAGAAAGCCAUUUGGCUGCUUUCUUUCACCAAGCCUCCGUCGGUACUAAUCUCCAACAUAUGUGCGUUUCUAAUAUGAAAGGCGUGGACAUCAGGAAUCAGGUAAAAGGAUCUAUCUGUUUUCUCGUCUAACAUUGUCAGAAAAUUAGUCUGAUAUUAGCACAAUGUUUGCAAAGUCGUGUGAAUUUUUUUUGCAGAACACACUUGCAGACGGCAUGCAUUGAUACUUAAUUUUUCGUUUUCGUGCUUUAUUGACUCGAAUGACACUACUCCAAAGACAACUAACUUGGUCUUUAUAAGAAUUUGUAUGCCAUGUCACACAAUGAUAUAUCUUUGAUAGAUACUUGCCUGUCCACAAGAUGCAAUAAGUCAAUAGGACAGGUUCUGUGAAGCCAGGAAUUCUGUAACGUGUUUUUUUUUUCUUUCCUACCAGAAUUUCAAAAAUGGUGGACUAACUGAUAAGAUCGUGUCAUCAGCACACGUCAGGUUCAAUAUUUUUUUUAAAGCAUAUGAAGGGAAGGCUUUAAUAGUAGUAAUUAUUGAUUUUGAGACCCUUCGUGCUUUUUUUGCAGAGUUGCUCUUGAAAGGCUUUCUGAUCUGGAGAAAUUUGUGAACACUUUCUUCAACAGCCUGCCUAGUUUUACUGUGGUCUGCAUCAGUUUGCUUGGAGGAGAUUAUGUCAACCUUCUUGGUGAAACUUUGUUGCUUCCAUCUUUCUUUCCUGCUUGGAUGCUACUAUCACGGUUAGAUCCGAAAGGGCUGCCGAUUGUGAUGCUGUUGCCUGUCGAUUUUGUCCCUGAAGGUAUUUUUGGCUGUUCUAGAGACAACACUUAGAGUUGAAAUUCUUUCUUUGAAGUAAUGUGUGAAUGAACCUCGGUGAUCUUCUUAUCAGAAAUUCAUGAUGAUGCAAGUGGUACUCGAAUUACAUCCACACAUAAAGAGCCUACCGCAAAAUGGGAAUGUCCUUGGGGCCACACGUUAGUGGAUCAUGUUGUGCCGCAAUAUAAAUUGAUAUUGGAGGAGAACUACAUAUCCCUGUCGCAAACGACAUGUGAUGCUAUGGAUACACAAAGGAAUAGGUUCAUGUGGUGGUCAGAGAGAUCCAGGCUGAACAGUCAUUUAAGCAUAUUCUUGAGGUAGUUUUAUUUCUUGUAGCAUUUAAAUAUUUUCUCAGUCUUGCAUGAUAUAGAACCCAUAAAACCGUCAUGUAUUUUUGGAUUCGUGGCUGUUUUGCAAUUGAAAUGCCUGGUUUGCUAGUUUGGCCAUUUCCUUGUGCCCCCCCCCCCCCCCCCCUAGUGAUUUUGCCAAGUGCCAAUGACCCAUAAAUGGAUGAAUUUCUCGAGCACAGUGUUUUAUUCCCUUCAAACAUAAUUACUUGAUUAGUAUCGGCGUGAUAGUGAGAGAAACUAGAGAAUUAUUUAUUGACCAAAGAGAUAGAACAUAGCUAUCUAGUGCCAUGUAGACCAUAUGGAUCAUUGGCACAAAGAAAAAAAAUCAAAGAAUUUACGUGAGACGAAUUCCUUUUUCUGCAGUUUUCGUACUUAACUAGUGUAUGCCGUUUAAAAUUUUCUGUUUUUUUGAUCCAUGUGAUAGGAGAAUGGAAGACUCGUGGCUGGGUUCUUGGAGAUGCCUGCUUUUGGGUGAACGUGCUGAUGUCAAAAACCUGGAUGCAGUGCUCUCGAAGUUGAGUCGCUGUCUGAAAUCUGAAUGCAAAUUAGAUGCAAACAUGAGCGUCCUGCAGGCUAUUGUUGGGGGAUCUCAGUCUGUAUGUGAUAUAGAAACAUGCAUAUCUCAAAUGGUCCUAUACAAGGGCUACUUAGGCAGGGGAAGAUGCUGUGGAGCAGAAAGCUUUAGGGUUUUUUCUUCUGCAGUAGAUGGAGGAGCCGAAAUUAUGUCAGAAUCAACUCGUGGAUUAAUACUCGAAGCUGUUAGUUCUACUGUACAGGAACCUGUUGACAGAGAACCUAUUGUUCUAGUCCUAGACUCUGAUCUGCAGGUAGAUAUCCUGGUAUUGUUACUUGAUGCUAUAAUAUCCUUUUCAUUGUAGAUUUUUUUUAUAAUUCGAUGCUUAUUUUUGACGUCAUUAUAUUGGUUGAAUAUGAAUUCUGAGGUCGUUUUCUUGAGCCAGAAGCUGGAGACUAUUUACGCCAAAUUAUGAAUUCUUUCCUGGAUCUUUAAUGUUCUUUAGAGUGCCAGAUUAGACAGCAUGAAUUCAUAACUUGUUAGGAAUUAUCCUAGGCUUAGACAAGAAUGAGAAUAUUGAUGAAUUUUCGUUAUAAUAGUAUGUAGGGUUACAAAUUGAUCCCUUUCCAACAUUCUUGUGUCCCUGUGAGGUCACUGUCCGUGAUGCGUAAUAUGGGAUUAAUGAUUAUUCGUAUAUAUCUGUUCUCAGAAAGACAACUCUAUUUUGUGAUUUUUAAAAAAUAUGAAUUGCUUAUACUUCUCCCUUGCAUUAUUUCUCUUUGAAUGCAGAUGCUGCCUUGGGAGAAUUUACCAAUAUUACGAAAGGAAGAGGUUUAUCGCAUGCCUUCUAUGAGUAGCAUUUCUGUAACACUUGCCAGAAAUUUCCAAAAUGAAGAAUCCGAGAGAUUAGGUGCUUCCAUUCCCUCAGUUGACCCGUUGGAUGCAUACUACUUAUUGAAUCCCAGUGGAGAUCUCAGUAGUACACAAAUGGAGUUCGAGGAGUGGUUUAGAAAUCAAAAGUGGCAGGUAAAUCUUGGCUUGUCAUGGUUAUCUAUGAAUUUCACUCGUUAGGAACGAUGUGCAAAUCUCGCUCACGCUUGGUGAUUUUGUUUGUUUCUUUUUGCGUAGAUCUUCGAAGGAACAUAAAAUGGCAAUUUUUAUCUAAUGACUAUAAAAUGUAUUUUCCUUUUUCUCUAUGUUCGUAAUCGGUGCAGAUCAGAGAAUAAGCUAGCAAAUGCCUGUGUUUAUCAGCUUUUAUUAGGUUGGGGCACAUUAGAUAAUUUCAACAUGGAAGCCCAGAAAAAUGUCAACUGUUUUAACGUAUGCAAUCUGCCUACCAAUUUCCUUCCCCUGCGUAAAUCAGCUGAUCAGAAGACUGUUUCAGUUGGAUAGAGUGGCUAAUUCUGAGAAUAUAACUAGCUCUGAAACCAUCUUCAAAAAUUGUCAGGCGAUAAAUGAUACAAUUUGCUAGUUCAUUACGAGUAAAGAUACAAGUUCAUCAGAUGAUACAAUUUGAUGUGUUGCUUUGAAGGGCCACAAUGAUUUGCAGGGUUAUAUGCCUGUCUUACUAAGUGUCGUGAAGCUAAACAUUUGUUCCAUGUGAUGAAAAUUCAAGCACGUUUUGUUCGAAUAAAAUUACUGUUCAUCAAGGAAAGAUCGAAGUUACUAUCUUUUUUCGGUUGAUAUCGCUUAUGACUUUAUUGCCCUGUGUCAAUUGAGUCAUGUAAUCCUUUAAUAUAUUUCGGAAUUUGGACAAAAAAUCUCUUCAUAAAUUAUCGAGUUUGGGGGAGCAAACCUUCUGGGUGAUCUUGCUUCCCAUACUUUGAAUUGUGUUCUUUACAAAGUGUUCAUAAGAUUCAAUCCGUCUGCCAGGAUUCAUUUAAAACAGCUAGAGAUGCUUUUACGGCCUGUAGUUCAUAGCUCACUUUCCGAGAAAACAAAACCACUUACCCUUAUGCAUCAUCUCAUUUUUCAUGUAUUUUGGAGAAUUCAAAUGUUAGUUCAAGCUACUCCCACCUCUUUUAAUGAUUUCAAAAGAAAGGGGAGGAUGAUGACGCAGAUUUAUUUGUAACAAUCUCGUCAUGCAUGUAUAUAGAAAAAAAUCUCGUCAAUUACUAUAUCUAUGAGUUUCAUUGCUGUAUAUAGAAACAAUGAAUUCGAUCGUCAUGCAUGUCUACUGAUCUUUCUAAAACCAUCUCAUGUGAAUCUGACGAGUAGGGAAAAGCUGGAAAGGUGCCCACAUCUGAAGAACUCAUUGAGGCCUUGCAGAACCAUGAUCUUUUUCUUUAUUUUGGCCAUGGAAGUGGUAUGUUCUACGCUUAUCUCUUCCCGUAGUUUUCUAGACACAUGUUUUCAAAUAUGUGUAACAAAAUUCGCUUCCUUUUUUCUUCUGUGGGCGUGGUUGUGUUGCUUCAGGAACACAAUAUAUACCAGGGAACGCAAUCCAGAAGGUUGAUCACUGCGCUGCUACACUCCUCAUGGGCUGCAGCAGCGGAUCUCUCUUUCUCCGGGGGUGUUAUGCUCCACAUGGCGCCCCUCUUUCCUACCUAUUGGCUGGCUCACCUGCUGUCAUUGCCAAUCUCUGGGAGGUCUCAGACAAGGACAUUGAUAGAUUUGGCAAGGCGAUGCUGAAUUCAUGGCUGCAGGAGUCAACUACUGCUGAUCAUACUCAGUCUAACAACAGAACUCUGCAAGAUAGUGGGCAUCUCCACGCAGAGGGUGGAAGCACUAAGCCUCUUAAAACUCGGAGAAAAUCUUCCAAAGAUCAGAGAGGUCAGACGUCCAAGCAAGAUAUCUGCGGAGAUCUUUCCAAGAAUAAUAGGAUCGCAUCGUUUAUGAGCCAAGCUCGGGAUGCCUGCAAGUUGCCGCAGCUGAUUGGGGCAUCCCCAGUAUGCUACGGCGUUCCCACACUAAUAAGGAGGAAUCAGAAGCGCUAG